AUGAAUGAGUAUGAACGAGUUAACAUGAUGGAAGAUAAACGUUGGACAAAUAUUUUGAAAUGUGACAUUAUGGAAAAUAUUACACAAUUGGGAAAUGCAGAACAGAGGGAUCGUUUAGCUGCAUUAGAUGUUAAUUUAUUAAACGAAAAAAUUCAUCUUUAUGACAUAAAAAAAAAAAUUAAAAAAUAUUAUGAACAAUUUGAAGAGGCAAAUGGAGAUUUCAAAGAUAUAAUUUUAUCAGACGCUGGAAAUAAAAUUUUGUUAGAAAGAUAUAGACAUUUACAUCCAGAUAAAAUAAAAUUGAGCAUAAAUAAUUCUAUACACACAAUUACUCAUGUAUCAAAUGCACGAGUUGAGCAAUUUAAAACAGCAUUGAAAACUUUAGAGAAUUUACAAAGACAUCCAAACCCACAGAAAAGUGAACAGCAGCAUAUCAAAAAAAAAAAAAUGGAAGCAACAAUGGGAAAAAUUGUAAACAAAGUUAAAAAAAUUGCACUGGUUGACUUUACCAAAAGAAAAACCAAAAAUAUGGUAAAUGAUGUAAAACAAAAUUUAAUCAAGUAUGAUACAGUAAUAGAACAAUUACAAAACGAUGCUAAAGCAAUGGCUAUGGUCAUUAUGAAAGAAAUUGAAACUGGUACAAACUUUAAUGAAGAUUCAGUAAAUUAUAUUAAAAGUUACUUUGCUGAGAAGGACGCAAAAGAAAGGUUUAUCGGUAAAAAUACAUCUUACAUCGAUAAAUUAAAUUCAAUAAUGGAUUCAAUGGAAUAUAGUAGAAAGACAUUAAUGCAAGAGAAACCGCCCACAGAAAUUGAAGAAACAUUUUACUCGGAACUUCCGUGGACAACUGAUACAAUUGACGAAGUAUCAGCUCCAGAUAAUACUAUUGCUGAAAAUGAAAAAAACAAAAAAACAAAAAACAGUGUCAUUUGGUGUAAUAAUAUUUCACAAUUUGGAAUAAUGCACUAUGUCCAUCCAGUUGAAAAAACUAAAUUUUUGGACAAUUUAAAAAAUAAUAAAGAUGUUUCAUCUGUUGACUAUAAGUUUCCUGAAAAUAUCCUUGAAUAUGUAACUCUUGGUGAUAUUCAACCAACAAACGAUGAAUUAGCUGCUAAUUACAUAAUAAAACAAUCAGAAUUUAAUAAUUUAGAAGAUUUAGUUAAAUAUAUUGAGAGCACUAAACAUGAUUUAAUGAACUUAAGCAAGUUAACAACUUUAAGAACAACUUUACGGAAUUUAUUAUUCGAGGAAAAGUUAUGUAAAAAAGAAACUAUAGAUAAAUUAAAACUUCUGACUACUAAAGAUAUUGAAUUCACUAAACAAGUGGAGCUUUUGAAAACAUUUAUAGAUGAUCAACAUAAAAAUAUGUCUGACAUUGAUCAAAUCAAAACACAUUAUUUAAAAUUGUUUAAUGAUUUAUAUUUUUACGUGGAUAAUAUUAAAAUUAUACUUAAAAAACUCCAUGUUACAGUAGACGAUAAUAAACAACUAUCAUUUAUCAAAAUGAAUCUUAUUUCACAAGAAAAUACAUUAGAUACUGCCUCUGAGGAAUUAACGAAAUUAAUAGAAGAUGUAAAAUAUAUGAUUAGCGUGAUUGAUGGAAAGUUUCGUUGGUGUAAUUUGAUAAUUCCGGAUGAAUUUGAUUCUAAACAAUUAAAUUUUGCACGUGCGAUGUAUGUGUUUAAAGUUCAAGAAUACAUACAAGCAGAUAUAACGAAGAGAAAACUGAAAUUUUCUCUUUUAUUAAAAAAAAAUAAAUCAACAGAUAUGCCAAAAAAAUCUGAAGACAUCUUAACUAGAGAUGAUAUGAAAAGACAAGCUGAACAAAUUGUAAAAUAUUUCAAUGAAAAGGAUACCGAUAGUUCAAAAAAUAAAAGAAAACCAAUUUCUUUCAGAAAAAGUUUUAUUUAA